UAUAUACAAACUAGGUUGUAGCGAAGUCUAUAUAAACUUAAUCUAACCUUUAGUUGAGAAGAUUUUUCAUGGGAAAGAAGAUUUAUUUGGUUUCGUCUUGAUAAAGGAAUUACUCCUCUGCAGGGCUAUUAUCACAAUAUGUGACAUGUAGUAUUUAGAGUCUGAAAAGGUACUAAAUUGGUUAAACAUAGACAAAAGCUAUUUCCUCUUUAUCUUUUAAUUGUAUUUGUUAAUGUAAAACUGAAUCAAUUCACUGUCAAACGCACAGAUCACUAACCCGUUCGAAUUAAUAAUCUCUGCGUAAAAGGCGGUGGGUUCAAAGAGCAAAGGUUCAGUUACAAUUUUUGUUAUUCUGUAUAUUGUAUAUUUAAUAGUUUCAAAGUUUAAAAUAUACUACAUAGGAUUCCUCAAACACUAGAACUGUAAGCCGCGAAUUAAAGAGCAGCAAAAAUUACAAAGGAGGUUUCGCUUAGUAAUCACAUAUGCCACAAUCCUUAUAACCAAGGAUUCUCACUUUUACCAGUUGUAACAUUUUUUACAUAAUUUUUCACAAAAUGUCUUGGCUACAACAGGUUUCAAGAACUUUAUUAAGAAGUGGUCAUCGAAUUAUCCCAGAAUCUUGCAAUUAUAGUUCUGCAGUUCCUGGAGGUUAUAAUUUUACUUUAAAUGAGACACAACUGGAGAUUCAGGAAUUAGCUAGAAAAUUUACAAAAGAAGAAAUUAUUCCUGUUGCUGCCGAGUAUGAUAGAACUGGAAAAUAUCCAUUUGACUUGAUUAAGAAGGCUCAUGCUUUGGGACUUACUAAUUGUCAUAUACCAGAAAAAUUUGGUGGUUUGGGAAUGGGUACAUUUGACGAAUGUUUAAUUGCCGAAGAAAUGGCUUAUGGUUGUACUGGAGUUAAGACGGCAAUUGAAGCUAGUGGAUUAGGUCAAACUCCAGUUAUUGUAGCUGGGAAUGAUGAACAAAAGAAGAAAUAUUUGGGAAGAUUAAUAGAAGAACCUUUAGUUGCUGCAUAUGCCGUUACUGAACCAUCGGCAGGUUCUGAUGUAAAUGGUGUAAAAACACGUGCGGUAAAGAAGGGCGACGAAUGGAUUCUCAAUGGACAAAAAAUGUGGAUUACGAAUGGAGGAGUAGCUAACUGGUAUUUUGUAUUAGCCCGUACAAGUCCAGAUCCUAAAGCUCCAGCUAGUAAGGCUUUUACCGGAUUUAUUGUUGAGAGAGAAUGGGCUGGAGUAACCCCUGGAAGAAAGGAAAUAAAUAUGGGUCAGAGAUGCUCAGAUACUAGGGGAAUUACAUUUGAAGAUGUGCGUAUUCCAAAAGAAAAUGUUCUUCAGAGUGAAGGAGCUGGAUUCAAAAUAGCUAUGGCAACUUUUGACUUAACCAGACCACCAGUUGCAGCUGGAGCAACUGGUCUAGCUCAACGAUGCUUGGAUGAAGCCACCAAAUAUUCGUUGGAAAGAAAAACUUUUGGAGUACCAAUCGCACAUCACCAAGCAGUAGCUUUUAUGUUGGCCGACAUGGCAAUUGCUGCUGCAACAGCUCGUCUAAGUUGGAUGAAAGCUGCAUGGGAAGUAGAUCAUGGUAUUAGGAAUACCCUCUCUGCUUCUAUUGCCAAAUGCUACGCCUCCGACAUUGCUAAUAAAUGUGCUUCUGAUGCAGUACAAAUUUUUGGUGGAAACGGCUUUAAUACCGAAUAUCCUGUAGAAAAAUUAAUGAGGGAUGCUAAAAUUUAUCAAAUAUAUGAAGGAACUUCCCAAAUUCAAAGAAUGAUAAUUUCUAAAGCCAUUAUUGAAAAAGCUAAACAAUCAGCUUAGACUGAGUGUAAAUCUCUUUUUAUGAAUAAACCUAAUUUAAGAAAUUUAUGUAUACAAAUGGAAAAAUAUUGUUUUUUAGAAUACCUAGUUAUAAUAUGUACGUUUUGUAGUGCUAUUUAAUAUAAAACAACUAUGAGAUGUUCAUUUUCCAUUCACACACACUCUUUUUUGGAAUUUCUAACAAUAGCAGCUUUUUUGAUAAAGGUAUUCUGAUGGGUAUAAAAUUGUUUUAAUUGUUCCAAUAUCUUAUUAAUUAAACUUCAUUCUCCUGGGUGAUUAUCGUGAAAUACACUCAAUAAAAAUAUUGGUGAGCACAAGCUGAAGUUAUAAGAAAACAAGCUAAUUACAACCACUAGAAAAAAACAGGUAGAUAGGCACAGCAUGAAGAUACAGAUAUAUAGCAAGGAGUCGCGUAGACCAAAGUACUAGGCCUCUUUUCUUCUCAAAACUAUAAUUUAAUAUUAAUAUAUUAGUCAUUUAGACUAAUUUUGUUUAGGUAUAUUAAGCGUCUAAUGAUGUACAUAGGCAGUGUGGAUGAUACAUGGAAUACAACGUAGUAAGCUUCAGCUUUUCCUCAGAAAUAGAUUUCGGAAAAAAGUUGAAGGAUUAUUUUAAGAAAGUAUAAGGAGCAUAUUUCUAGAUUAUUAAAUGACUUACAAUUGUCGGAGCUAUAUUAUAAAACUAUUUAUGUAAAAAUAAUAAAAUAGCUAUUUGUGGGAGGAAAGUGCCACUUCUCCUCCCGAGCAUGAAGUUCAAUUCAGUAAUCAUUCAAGCGAGGAAAAGGCACUUAACUCCCAUGUUAUACAUAUAAUUUUUCUGCAUCCAUCAAAUUUUAUUAAAGAACUAAAAUAAAGUAGUAGGUUCAGUAUAACUUUCGUGCACAUUAUUUUCAUUCUAGUAUCCCACAUAUUUUCAAUUUGUGAUAGAGGAAUUAUUUGUACUAAUGUUAAACGUGCAAUUUCUAGCAGUGGUUAUUUGAUUAUCAAUAAAACUGAGAGCUGGAGCUAACGCAGUUUUCAUGAUAUUUUCAUUAACCGAUUAGUGACCAACUACAACUAAAGUUGCAUGACAAUUCAGAAUUUUUUAAGAAUAAGAAAUUUACAGUUUUAUUUAAACUUUGAAUACUAAAAAGGUGAAGAUAAAAAAUGGUGGCUUAGUUGAAAAUAUCAUGUAACUCAUAGUAAAAGGGAGUUGUUUUGGGUAACUCUCUUUUUUGUCAGUUAUCUGCUUGAUUUCAUUAUGGAAAAAGAAGCAAAGUUAUUUACUUUAUAACAGAGCUAUUGUUUUCAUAUUCAUGAAUCCCUUCUUUUACUAUUGUCCAAAAAUAGAAUUAUAUUAAAAAUUUGAUACAACUAAAAUUGCUGCUUUUCUUUCAGAAAAAACUGAAAACUUUCUCGUAUUUUACUGUAUCUUUAUUAUUUACAGUCUGAAACCAAUUUUACAACAAAAAUGUACUAAAAAAAAAUAUAUUUUUGAUAUAUUGAGAAUAUAAUUUGAACAAAAACCUAACAACAGAAGUCCGGUAGGGAAAUAAAGUAAAUUAUAAAAAAACUACCUUUACAAGAAAUUAAAACAUUCAUUUCAGGGUGAAUGUCAAAUGAUUUUCAAUGGGAAAUUGAAUAUGGACUGAUGAAAUGACAAUAAUGUCGUUUCAGCUAUGAUAAAUUUUGUUCUAGAGUUCCACAAUCCGCGAAUCGAUUUCCAAAAAUAAUCUCUAUUCAAAUGACUCUAGUUCAUAUGGGAGGAAUCGAUUUGAUCCACUAAUUCAUACUUACAUAUAUGAUUGGAACAAGGUCCAAAAAAGGGAUGGUCUUAUUAUUUCUAGGCCAUAAAUGUUUGUAUGUGUGGUAUAUAUUUAACAUAGACCUUUUAUAAUUCUGUAUUCUGUAUAUUCUUCAGAAUUAUGAUCUUAAACCACACCUAGCUUAUACAUGAAGAGAUGAGUUUGGUUUGGUUUGGAUUGGUUAAAUCAUUUAAUUGUGAAAAUGGAAACUAAAUAUAAAGUGUGUGUAUCCUGUGGAAAUCUAACAAUUUACUUGUGUAAGAAAUGCAAUAUUUCACUCCACCUGAAAUGUUUUUUUGUUUACCAUCAACUAUAAAGUAUAAAUUGUUGACAUUUGGAGAAACACUUUGAGAAAUGUUAGUGAAUAUCUAUUUAAAUUUAAACGGUAGAUUAAUAAUGUAAUAACUUUUUUUAUUAAUAAAAAUAAUUUCAAAACUA